AUGCCUCUAGAAAAGAAAUUUCCACAAGAGAAAAAUCUGGCGGGAAUACGACUAUUUUCAAAUUUUCGAAAAUUGAUCGACUCUGUCAACUUGACAAAUGUUGUGAUAGCCAUCGGGAUACCUCUACUAGGAUGCGGACUGGCAUUAAAUGUUCCUCUUAAUGGAAUGACGCUUGUCUGGUCUUGUUUAUAUUGGUUUUUAAGUGCAAUGGGCAUUACUGCUGGAUACCAUCGUCUCUGGGCGCAUAAGUCAUAUUCGGCACGGUUGCCACUUCAGAUUCUCCUGGCACUCUUAGGCGCUGCAGCUGUGGAGGGUUCGAUCCGAAGAUGGAGUCGGGAUCACAGAGCCCACCAUCGUUACGUUGAUAGCGACAGCGAUCCCUACAGUGUGCAUAAGGGGCUGCUGCAUGCCCACAUGGGAUGGUUUAUUUUCAGACAAGACCGUAAAGGUUUUGGCAAGGUGAAAACAGAGGACCUCGACUCUGAUCAAAUUGUCGUAUGGCAAAACAAGAACUACGUCUCCUUGUUUCUAGUCAUGACUUUUAUCGUGCCUACCAUAGUUGCCGGAUUUGGCUGGGGCGACUAUUGGGGAGGCUUCGUCUAUGCCGGAUGUCUCCGCAUGUUUGUCGUCCAGCAGAACACUUACUGCAUUAAUUCUUUGGCACACUGGCUCGGAGACCAGCCAUACCAAAGCAAGCAUUCACCGAGGAACAACCUCUUUGCCGCAAUCAUGACUCUUGGUGAAGGCUAUCACAAUUUUCAUCAUGAAUUUCCAAAUGAUUACCGUAAUGGCAUUCGAUGGUUUGACUUCGAUCCAACAAAAUGGUUCUUGGAAGUGCUAGCAAUCUCCGGCUUGGUGUACGACCUACAUAAAUUCCCAGAGAAUGAAAUUGCCAAGGGUCGCUUGCAAGAGCGUGUCAAAUCUUUGAACAAUGAAGCCAGGAAGAUCUCCUGGGGCAUUCCAGAGGACCAACUUCCAAUUAUGACCUGGAAAGAAUUUCAAAACGUCAACACGGCCGAAGUCAAAUUGACUUGUAUCAACAACGUGAUCUAUGAUAUCUCCGGAUUCAUAAGCCAACACCCAGGGGGAAACUCAAUCUUAGGUGGAUUGGGGAAAGACGCAACUGAAAUGUUCCAUGGGGGAAUUUAUGAACAUUCGAAUGCUGCACAUAACUUGCUUUCGCAGAUGAGGAAAGCAAAACUAGCGACACAAAGGCAAACAUCACCACGAAUGUUUUGCCCGCUAGAUUUUUCCAGGGAAGAAGAACAUUUGUGUUUACAAAAAGGCCGUGGAGGAGGAUAG